CCUUAUCGAUACAUCGGUGUGUUUCUUAUAUCGCUGAGGAUAUCAACUUUUAAGAAAUGUAAAAAUGUAAAUUGCAACAUAUAAAUUAACUGUAAAUAGCCAAAGGCAACGUGCAUACAAUACGGAUAUCAGUGUAAAUGCUGUGCGCGCCAAUAAAUUGGGAACGCAACAAGAAGAGCCGCAACAAUAACAACAACAAAACCAACGACAAACAGACACACAUCGUUGUCGUUUGUAGUCGUCGUCGCUGUCGUUUGUAGUCGUAGUCGUACACCAAUUGCAAUUGCAACAAUUCGAUGAACAACUUUACAUUCAUAUCCAACAAACAACAACAACAGCAGCCGCAGCAGCAGCAACAACAACAACAGCAAAAGGCAAGCAAUAAAAACAGAAGAGCAAGAAGAAGCAACAAAAAUUAUUAUAUCGCGUUGUUGUGGUGGUGCAGAAUAUGGAACAGGAUUCCACAACUGAGCUGCAUUUGAGCAGAAUACGUGAAGUGAAAGAUUUGGCCGCAUUAACCGACGACGUGCGUGAUGUUGUGAAAGAAGAGGUCAUAUUAGAGAAUCACCAUCAUCAUCAGUUGGAUACGAAAGUUCGCAUGGUCACAUCCUCCUCAAACGAUAAUAGCGGUAGCGGCGGCGGAGGCGGCGCUGGUGGAGCAGGAGGCGGCGGCAGUGCUGGUGGAGGAGGUGGCAACGGCGGUGGCGGUGUUGUAUCAGUGCCCGUUUCCCUGCCAAUUGGUUCAAUGAUAACUGGUACGGCCUUUAAUGUGAUUACGCCCGAUCAGCUGCCGCACUUUAAGCCGAUGCUGUGCGUCGAUAACAAUGGUUACCUGUCCAGCGGUGCGGUCAGCAUGGGCGGUGACCUUAAAACGAUUGUCAUCCAGCAGCAACAGACACAACAGCAACAGAGCGGCAACAACAAUGCUGGGAACACAAAUACCACCGCCACAAAUACCAUUGGACUGAAUCACGAUGGCUCUGGUAGCAAUAAUAGCCAUGAUAGCAUGGGUACGCUUGACCAAACGGCCGGCGGUGGUGGCGGCGGUGGCAACGGUGUCGGCGGCGGCGUUGGCGGCAACACAUCGGGCUCCACGGGCUGGGCGGAAACCACAUCGAGCACCCAGCACAUGGAGGUCUUCCAGAUACGCUGUAAAACCACCUGCGCCGAAUUGUAUCGCAGCAAACUAGGAUCGGGCGGUCGUGGCCGGUGCGUCAAGUACAAGGAUAAAUGGCAUACGCCCAGCGAAUUUGAGCAUGUGUGUGGUCGCGGCUCGAGCAAGGAUUGGAAACGUUCCAUCAAAUAUGGCGGCAAAUCGCUGCAGUCCCUCAUCGAUGAGGGCACGUUAACGCCGCACGCAACCAACUGCAGUUGCACAGUCUGCUGUGACGACGAAGCAGGUGAGUCAGCCUCCGGCCCUGUACGUCUAUUUACGCCGUAUAAGCGACGAAAGCGAAAUCAAACGGAUCUCGAUGUGGAACCGGGACCCAAACGUAAACGCAAUACGCAUAGCAACAAUAAUAAUAAUAACAAUAAUAGCAACACCAAUAACAACAACACCAGCGGCAGCAGCAUUAACAACAACAAUGUGGACCCGACGCAAGCGGCCGCCGCCAGUGUUGUCGAUGAGAACAAUAUGUUUCUUGCCGAGGACAAUAUCACGUCCAAGGAUGAACCAUGGGCGGCGCUCAAUGACAGCUUAGACACCUCCACCGAAUUGGUUGACCAAACGCAAAUGGGCAAUCCGUAUGAGCGUGAAACGUUUGUCGUAAAUAUUAACGAUACCGGCUCCAUUGCCGUCCUGGACAGCAGUCAAUCGAUGAAGAACAUUGAGCAUGUCUAUUGCACCAUGGUCAAAGCGACUGGCGAUUUUAAGCGACUGCUCAACGAGAUGAAACAGAACUACGAGCGACGCAUCGAAGUGCUGCAAAAGGAGCGCGAUGCGGCGGUCAGUGCGAUGCGUGUCCAGGUCCACACAGACAUUGAUGAUCCCAACAUAUCGGGCUCAUUGCAUGGCAACGAGAUCAUCUCAGCCAAGAAGUGCGCCAACUGUAAUCGGGAAGCGUUGGCCGAGUGCUCGCUGUGUCGAAAGACGCCGUAUUGCUCGGAGUUCUGCCAGCGUAAGGAUUGGAAUGCUCAUCAAGUGGAGUGCGCAAGGAAUCCACAAACGACAACGCAACAGGUCAUGUUAUUGAUCGAUGAUCAGUCCUAAGCAACGUAACGAAUUGUACAUACAAAUUUUACUACUAAUUAAAUAUAUGAUUAUGCAAGGCUCCACCCCUCCAAAUCCAAAUUCCAAUUCGCCCUUUGACCCACAAAAAAAACCAAACCCUACAGAAUAGCUAGUUCCUCCAAAUCGCAAGUUAUCCCCUGUCCAACCAGAUCCUUAGAAUGCCUUUCCCCCAUUAGACUUAUGUCCUAUAAUAAUGUAAUUCUUAAACGUACAUAUUAACUACAUAAAUAUAUAUGUAUAUAUAUUUAUAUAUACAUUUUACUAUCGAUCGUAGAGCAAACAAAAAAAAAAACCCAAAAACAAAAAAGGAAUAAGAAACCAAUAAUCAGAGAGUUUGUAGCAAGCGUAAAAAUCAAAGCAAGCAUCGACUUGACCUAGAAUAAAUGGAUAAAGUUUUAGCUACGAUUUGAUAGAAUGCAACAACCACAAAAGAUGAAAAUCCGAGAGAAAGCAAAAACAAAAACAAAGGAAAAAAAAAACCAACCCAACAAAAGAAAACUUAACUUGUAAUUCAAUUUAAAUUAAAUUUAUAAAUAGUUGCAAAGCGCAUAGCAUUAUAACACAACACAACCGAAUGAAUCCCUCUCUCCUACGUCCCCUGUCCCCUGUCCCCCAUCGUCCUGAUCCUUUUCCACAACACUUUCCUUACU